ACACGCAUGGGUGUAUCCAUACUAAUCUUUGGGCCACUACGCUGCUACAAGAGGUCGAAGGCUUGGAAUUGAAUUCAUUUCCCCACUGCGACUUCAUGGCAGAUGAGAAUGUACGCGGCUGGAAUGUCUGCUGUCUCUGCAUUGAAACCGGCCUUGCGCCCCGCGCGAUUCUGCCGGUGGUACGGCCUUACUUCGCCGAGGUUUAAGUCUGGAGCCAGUGAAUUGAACUUGCCAGCAGGCUCCUCCGGUUCGGUGACAUUAAGAACCAUUGAUGACUUGCCUGGGCCAAGUCUAGCCACUACUAUCUACUGGCUUUUCGUAAAGGGCUACGCGGACAAGAGUCACGCAAUGCAGGUUGAACACCGGCGACUGUAUGGUCCGAUCUGGCGCUCACGAUUUGGCCCUUUUGACGUAGUGAAUGUUGCGACUUCAGAACUUAUUGCUCAGGUGACCCAGCAAGAGGGACGCUACCCAGUCCGGACGUUAUUACCACACUGGAAGGAGUACAGGGACCUGAGGGGCCAGGACUACGGCCUUCAUGUCCACACAGGUCCAGACUGGUACCGUAUCCGCAGCGCCCUGAACCCUAGGAUGCUGAAGCUGCAGGAGGUGUCCGAGUACGCCCCUGUGGUCCACCACGUGGUGACUGACCUGCUGCGGCGCGUGGAGAGGCUGCGUCUGCGCAGCCCGGACCAGGCCACUGUCUGCGACUUCACCGCUGAGCUCUACAAGUUCGGCUUCGAAGGGGUCUCCUCCAUCUUGUUUGAGACCCGGCUGGGCUGCCUGGAGGACGACGUCCCCCCUGACACGCAGCGCUUCAUCGCCGCAGUGAAUGAAAUGUUCACAAUGUCCGAGAUCGUCGUCUUGUUCCCCCGCUGGACCCGCCGUGUCCUGCCUUUCUGGGAUCGUUUUGUCCGGGCCUGGGACGACCUCACCGGCGUGGCUCAGCGUCUGGUUGACAAAAGAGUUGAAGAAAUCACAGGGAAGUUGAAGCAGGGGGAGCAGGUAAAGGGCAUGUACCUGACAUACCUGCUGUCCAGUAACAAGCUGUCUCUGGAAGAGUUGUACACAAGCAUAACAGAGCUACUGCUUGGAGGAGUGGACACGACAUCCAACACCCUGUCCUGGACUCUGUACCACUUGGCCCAGGACGAGGCCAUUCAGAAGCGGCUCCACCAGGAGGUCACUUCUGUCUGCCCGGGGGAGCAGCUGCCCACCACGGAGCACCUGAGCAGGAUGCCUCUCCUGAAGGCUGUCAUCAAGGAGAUACUCAGAUUGUACCCCGUUGUUCCUGGGAAUGCCCGUUACAUUGCGGAUAAUGAGGCCAUCAUAGGCAACUACUGGUUCCCAAAGAAGACCUUGUUCCACCUGUGCCACUACGCUACCAGCCACGACGACGCCCAGUUCCCGGAACCCGAGCGCUUUCUCCCAGACCGCUGGCUGCGGGGGAGCCCCGCCCGGUCCCAGCAUCACCCCUUCAGCUCCAUCCCUUUUGGGGUCGGGGUCCGGGCCUGUGUGGGCAAGAGGGUGGCCGAGCUGGAAAUGCACUUCGCCCUGACCCGACUGAUACGGCAGUACCAGUUCCUGCCUGAGGACAAUGCUGUUCCCAUAGAACCCAAGACUCGAACCCUGAUGAUCCCCUCCAAGCCAGUCAACCUCCGCUGUCUCCCACGUGCCUGAGGGCUCAGUGCCUCUGAAAUUUUAGCUUUUUGGAUCUCUCUGGUGUCUCAAACAAAAAGUUAACUUUUAUAUGGAUCAUUCCAUGAAAAAAGGGGUACCUGUUCACUUUUGAAAAGUUACAUUAUUAUCAUCUUUUUGGCCAGUUCUGCUAGUCUUUGGAAAAAAGAUCACUUGAAGUGAUAGGAAAGUGUCAGCUGCCAACUGUCUAAACCUUCUCUUUUAUUCGUAAUUUUCUUCAACAUGUUAUGCACAUAUGCAUUAAUAUUUGAAUGCAGUCUCUGUGCUGAUUUCAUUUUUAGAUUCUUAAUGUUUUAUUCAUGUUUAUCUUUUUUGUAAUUCUUUAGGACAAUUAUGCAAGGUUAACUGAUUUAUAACUGACACAUCAUGUAUUUAUAGAAAAACUGAAAAAGAGGAUGCUUCCCAGCUUAGAAUGGCUCAUUAUAGCCCUUUCCCACUGUAGAGCUGAACCAGGCUGGCUCAUUAUAGCCCUUUCCCACUGUAGAGCUGAACCAGGCUGGCUCAUUAUAGCCCUUUCCCACUGUAGAGCUGAACCAGGCUGGCUCAUUAUAGCCCUUUCCCAAUGUAGAGCUGAACCAGGCUGGCUCAUUAUACCCCUUCCUUUCCCACUGUAGAGCUGAACCAGGCUGGCUCAUUAUACCCCAUUCCCACUGUAGAGCUGAACCAGGCUGGCUCAUUAAACCCCUUUCCCACUGUAGAGCUGAACCAGGCUUACCCACUCUCGAGCUGUGAUCUGGAACGAGCCGAAACUGGAUGACUUGCUACAACAUAAACUAUUGCUAUUGCAUUAUUGCGUGAUGCUAAACUGGUGAGGACAAGGGAGGCUUGAGUGAGGACGGGGAUGACUUCAGCUGCCAGCCAAAGGAGCACACUGCAAAAAAAGUAUGUUUUACCAAGUGUUUUACUCUUGUAAUUAGACUUCAAAUCUUUUUUAUUAUCAAGUUGAAAAUAUUGGCUUGUUUUGCUUGAUAAAAUAAAUUGUCAAUUUGGCGAACCUUGAGAUGAGUCAAACUGCCUCACCUCUUUGGCAAUCUCUUUGUCCUGUUUCUUCCUGCAAAAAAGUAAAUAACAUUUUUAAGUUUUAAUAUAAACACUAAGACUCUUAGCUGUUCCAAUUUACAGCAUUAUUUUGAUAAGCAGAGCCAUUCCAUGGGGUCCCAUACACACGCGGACACGUAUAUUCCCACAUCUCUGACAUAGCUUGGUAUCUGAAUAUAUUGCAGAAAGCACAGGUUUCAAGGAGUCUUACUGUUUAUAACUGGCGUGUCAUCGUUCUCCUGGCCAACACGUGCCGCCUUUGCGCCCGAUUCAUCCUUCAGUCCCUCGCUCUCCCGCAGAAUGGUACACUCCAAACCAUGUGAGGCAAUUCACAUCAUCACUGGGAGCUACUGGACUGAGACGCGUACGCUGACGUCCAUGGAUGCUGGCAGCAGGUUUAGGUUACAUGCAUGCUGGCAGAAGGUUGUGUAGGGGAAAAUUCACAGAACGAAAGAUCUCCCUCCUAAAAGCAUGAUAACCAAUCACAAGUCAAAAUCAGACUCCACCUUAGUGAGCAGGCUGGUUCCUCCAAAACUCUUGACGAUGUGUGCUAAAAGUUUAUCAAUAUAUCUGUAUUAAAGUAUGAUAUGUACCCUGUAUAGUUCCAAACUGAUUAACUGCUAAAUUGUGCUAGGAUUACACAGUGAGCCCAGCCAGCUGGCAGGGGGGGGGGGGGCGUCUUGAACUGUGUAGACCAAACUGUCAAGGACACGGGCAGAGCAAGAUAUGACUGUACAGCUGAUUUCUCCGGGACUCUCAAUGUUUUAUGCCAGAAGUGUAUCUAUUUGACCUUGAACAUUAAUUAUAGCUGAGCUUAUGAAAACGCAAGAAACCACAGUGAAAACUGUGAGCGCAAAUGAGAGCAAAGAAUAAUUAAUCAAAUGUUUAGUAUGUCUGUAUAUUUUCAAUGAUUACUGCUGCUUAGUUCGUCUUAUAAAAGCGAAAGAUACAGAGUGACGUGUAUGGAUGACGUGUUAGAGGGAGGGCAUCUAGAACUUUAUGAGGUCUGGUAGUUUGCCAAGAGCAGGUGCGGGGUGAAGUGAGGACACGUAGUUGGCAGAAUGCCCUGAACUUUGUACAGAGUUGGCAGAGCAUAAGGACCGUUGGCAAUUUGCCACAAUGACGUUGUGGGAGGAGCGUUGGGAGGAGUUACGAUAAGAAGAGUGUGGGUGAUUUGCCAGAAUGAGGUUUGAGGAGGAGUUGUAGGUGGAGUAACUGUGUAUAAAAUGGGUGUACAAAUGCCAGUCGGGGUUCAGUUCUGGAGAGCUGAUCCGGCUUUAUGCACGUGUGCUAAUAAAGUCUGAUUUUCCUGAA